AUGGCAGACGCGACUUUUCCUCCUCCUGAUCCAAGUGCAAAUCCGGCUGAAGCAACUCUCAAAGUCAAAGGCACGAAAAAAGGUGUAAAAUCUUCUGAUCCUUCAAUUAACCGUGAUGCUAAAUCUCUACGCCAAUUCUUUGAUGCUUACAAUAGUCCUCCUAAUUUGCAAAUGCACAUAAAAGAAAAAACCCAAGAAAAGUCUGGUAAAGACGGCCACAAGAAUAUCUAUACAAUUGUUACAGAUUUUGAAGUUACUCUUGACCUUAAUGGAUAUAUUGUCCCUACCCCCCAAGUAGUUGCUGAACCAAGCUAUGAUGAGUACUUGGAAGCUUAUAUACGUGAUGAAAAUAAAUGCAAGGAAAUCACUCUUAAAAAGGUAAAUAUAGCAUAA